AACCCCAUUCCCGAUCCCGCCCGCGGAUUCCCCGAGUCUCACUCCGCUCCGCCUCCCUUGGCCGCCUUGCCCAAUUCCGCUGUCUGCUCUCCAAGCCCGAAUGGCGGCGGAGGCCCGGGCCGAGGGCUCCGGGCCGCCCGCGCCCCCUCCGCUGCCCGUCCCCGAGAAGCGCCCGGCCCCGGUGGACGGCCGGGAGGAGGAGCGGCCGGGGACGAAGCGGCGCCGCGCGAGCGUCGCGGCGCUCGACGGCGUGCCGUGCGCCGCGGCCAAGGGUGGGGAUGGCGAGGCGGACGGGAGCCGUGACGGCGGCUCGCCCUUCUCCUUUCAGCACGCGCGCGGCGGUUUCGUGGCGCUGGAGACGACGCCCAAGUUCGGGUCAUUCAACCCGCCGGUGGCCGCCGAGCAGGAAACCCUCCACCCGGAAGGUUCACCGGUAGUGGAGGAGGAGGAAGAUACGGCCUCGUCCACCGGAGUUGAGGACGGCAAAGACGGGAGCUCACAGUCAGUGGCGGCGGUGGACGAUCAGGGCCGUCGCCAUCCGGGAAGACAAACUGAAUCGGAACGAUGACUCCCUGGAUUUGAUCCGUUUCUUCUCCG